CUAACCACGAAAUCUCAAUAAGCCAUUGGUUAGGCCAUUAUGGAGUAGGCUCUUUCCAUUGAUAUUAACAUCGAAAGCGAUGAAUGAUCAAUGCAAUUGCUGCAGGCGCAUUUGAAGCUUCAAGAAGAAAAAAGAAGACACCCAUUCAAGUACAUACAUAUAUACAUAUUUAGACAGAGAAAGAAUCUGACAUGCACACUAAAGAGACAAGUUCAGUGCCGUGGACCAGCAUUCCAGCACUUUAAUACCUGCACCCCACGAAAGCUGAAGUGGGGGUCCUCUUUUUUUUUUAAUCUUAAUUUUUCAUAAUCAUAAUCUUAAGCUUAACCCCAUAUUUAAGACAUUCUGGAAUUGAGAGAGCCUUCAUGUCUGAAUUUGAUGUUUGAGUUGCAGAGAGUGAAGAAGAAAAAAAAGAUUAACACAGGGUUUCACAAUAAUUAAGAGCUGGACCAAUGUACAGCCUCUGAGAGAGAAAGAGAGAAACAUAACAUGGUCUUGUCGGUUGUUCUGCAAGAAAAAAAAUACUGAGUUGAGUUUCACCAGUAAUCUCUAGUGGCCCAUCACCUGUUCCUUACAUAGAUGGAUUUUACAAGCUUAGAUGGGUAAGUUAGAAACAUAUAUAUAUGUAUGUAUGUAUAUUUCCUUUGCUUAAUGCUUCUAGUUUUUAAGCUCCAAAACUUUUGAGUUUCCCCAACCUUAAUCUAUGCUUUAAAAAAAAAGAAAGAACUUGUUCCUUUGCAUUGUUUAUGUCUUUUACUACUAUAGAACCAAGCUACAAGGGGCCCAUUUUUUUCUCUUUAUUUUUAUAACAUUAAAUCUCAAAAUUUUUCCUUUGUCUCUUUACACUUUGCUUACGUCUGGAUGAAAAAUGGAAGGUUUCUUAGGGUGAUGAAAAUUGGUGGGUUUAGCACUAAAAGUGGGGGAAAAGACCAUAAAUUUUGGGGGGUUAAUUAGCUGCUGAUUAUACACUAUCUUUCCAUGAUAAUGAUGAUGAUGAGUUUGAAAAAAAAAAACAUAUUUUAGUUAAUAGUAUAGUUUUGUUUUGUUUUUAAUAAAGGGUUUGUUGGGAUCAAAGACUUAGAUCUAGGUUUUACAUUAGAAAAAAAAAUUAUAUCAAAAAAUGGAACUGAGAGACCAAGAUAAGGAAAUGGGGUUGCCAUUGCCAUUGUCAAGCUCACAAACCCCAAAUCCAAGGCCACCCCAAACCCUAAACCAUUACCCUAAUAUAGAUCCAGUGCCACCUGGUUCAGUUGCAGGUGCUGAGCUUGAACCAGUAGGUUCAAGCCUUGUGGUUAGGUAUAAGGAGUGUUUAAAGAACCAUGCAGCCACCAUGGGAGGACACGUUGUGGAUGGUUGUGGUGAGUUCAUGCCAAGUGGGGAAGAAGGUACCAUGGCAGCCAUGAAAUGUGCAGCUUGUGAAUGCCAUAGGAAUUUUCAUAGGAAAGAAAUCAAUGGUGAAUCACAGUAUAUACCACCAUUACCAAGGAGGAACGGUGUUGUUCAUCUUCAACAACAACCAGUAAGGUUUCCGGCGCCGGUUAUGAUGAGCUUUGGUGGCGGCGGUGGUGGAACGGCGGAGGAGUCUUCGAGUGAAGAUCUGAGACAUGAUGAACUUAUUAAUGUUCCACAAUCAUCAAAGAAGAGAUUUAGAACAAAGUUCAGUCAAGAUCAAAAGGAAAAAAUGAUGGAAUUUGCUGAGACAUUGGGAUGGAGAAUCCAAAAACAAGAUGAACAUGAAUUGCAGAUGUUUUGUUCACAAGUGGGAGUUAAGCGACAAGUUUUCAAAGUAUGGAUGCACAACAAUAAACAAGCCAUGAAGAAAAAACAAAUGUAAGAACCACCAAAAUUUUCCUUUCUUUCAAUUUUUUUUAUGACAUGUUACAAUUCUUACAAACUUUUUUAAACAUUUUGGAUAAAUGGGAAGUAAUUUUCAUAUUAUAUACAAGAGAAAAGAAACUGAUGGGAAAAUUUUUAUGUAUUCUUCUUUCCUUUUUUUUUUUUUUUCUUUUCUCCCAAAUAGUUCUCAUAUAUAUGUCCCAUUUAAUCAUUCUACCUUUGGUUGCUCAACCCUACCAUGAGAAAAUCUUCUAUUUUACCUCUAGAAUUAAAGCCGGCCAAAACGGAAGUUCACGAGUUUUCAUGAUAUCGAUAUGAUUAAAGAUUUAGCUUUAGAUAAUAAAAUUCGUAGUAUUUACCUUCGAUAAAUAUAUUAAAAAUAAAUUUAUAUUGAGUGAAUCAAAUAAUAUCAUCUAAUUCAUUAUCAAAUCCCAUUCUUUCUAGCUAAUUUCUUAUUAAAGAAAUAUAGGUUGAAGGAGACUUAUCCUAGUUGAGAGAUUCUUUCAAAGGAUGUGCUUGAAAUUGGGUAAAUACAAAGGAUAUUAAUUGUAUAUAUAGUAUAUUGAUAAGCUUAAGGUAGUAUAUAUCUUUCUCAUUUUCUUUUCUCUAAAAAAAUAAAUGAGACAUUUGAAUGUUUGACUUUAUAAUUGAUAUAACUAUUAUAUAUAUAUGAUCAUUCCAUGAUUUGAUUCAAUGAUUUUUACUCAAAUUAUUGAUGAGUGAUGCUCAUACAUAAUCCUAAAGAGAAACAUCCCUUUAUUCCAUAUCUAUAAAUACCUAAUAUGCUAUAAGAGAUAAGCUCAAACCACCUCCAAACAAUGACCCUUCAAGAAUUUUUAUCGAAUGAAUCGAUCUCCUCUCGGCAAUAUAUGUAUAAAUUCCUCAGUGAUAAUUAAUACUUUGGAUGUCUUCGGCAGCACCUUGCACUUGAUUUCUUCACUUCCCAAGCAAACCUCCACUGUUAAACAUCGUCACCACCACUUCCUUUGCCUCUAGUUUUCCAUAUCUCUUCUUUUAUUUUCUGUAAAGGUUUUGUUUGUUUCUUAGGGGAAAAAUAAAGAAGGAAAAAUUAGUAGUGCAGUAACCAAGACCAAGAUUAAAACCCAGAUAUAUUUGAAGAUGCUGUGUUGUUUUUGUUGGUUAUUUUCUUAUUUUUCUCAAAAUUCUUUGGUGUUGAAACGUGGCAUUGCAAUGGGCAACGUGUGGCUGAGUAAGGAGGGCUAGCUGUUUAGGGAAACAACAGCCAUGAUGUAUAAUUGAAUUGGAAUACAAAGAAUAAUUUAUUCUCUUGAGAAUUUUUUGAAAUUUUUACAGUUUUAUCACUUUUAAGUGUAUUUUUAAGAAUCCGAACUACAAUCUUAAAGAUUGUAUUCGGUAAAACGGAUAUAUUUAUUAUGCAAAAUGUACUUUCAGAGGGGGAAUAAAUUAAUGAGCAGAUAUUGUUAAA